AUGUUGGAAUGGUUCUUCGGAAAGAGCUUCAAUCCUGAUCAGGACAUACCAAGUCUUGCAGGAAAAGUCAUACUGAUCACUGGCGGCAACACCGGUUUGGGAAAGGAGACCGUUAAGCAAUUGGCAAAGCAUGACCCACAGGAGAUAUUCCUCGCAGCUCGAACUCCGUCCAAGGCCGAGACUGCCAUUUCCGAGAUCCAGCAGGCAGUACCAAAUGGCAAGGUAUCCUUUAUUGAGAUGGAUCUGACCUCAUUCGCGUCCGUCAAGAAGGCCGCGCAGGACUUCAAGGCGCGAUCAGAUCGGCUGGACAUACUGAUCAACAAUGCGGGUAUCAUGGCAGUUCCAUAUUCGAAGACCAAAGAGGGAUACGAGAUUCAGUUUGGUACCAAUCACAUGGGUCACGCCCUUCUUACCCAGCUGCUGCUACCCACGCUUCUCAAGACUGCCGAGCAGCCCAACUCUGAUGUCCGCGUGGUCAACGUUAGUUCAGAAGGACAUAAUUUGGCUCCAGGAAUCGUAUACGACCAAGACCGCCUUGCAAAGUAUUCCACAUGGAGGAGGUACGGCCAGUCCAAGCUCGCAAAUAUCUUACAUGCCAGAGAAUUGCAGCGGCGAUAUCCUUCAAUUACAGCAACCAGUGUGCAUCCUGGUGUAAUAUCGACAGAUCUCUAUGGUUCUCAGAAAGAGACAAAUCCAGUGAUCCGAAUCUUUUUACCGUUGAUGAAACCACUGCUGAUGGACGUCCCUGGAGGUGCGAAGAACUCGCUCUGGACCGCGACGACGGCGCCUAAAGACGAGGUCAGAACGUCGCCGUACUGGAAACCGGUGGGCAUUGCUUCAGGUGGUAGCUUUUGGUAUGCUCAGAAGCCAGAAUUGGCUAAGGAGCUGUGGGACUGGACCGAACAGGAGAUCCAGAAAUGGGAGAAAGGCAAGGGCACACCAAGAAGAAAGGUCAAGAAGGUCCACAAGAGCUCCGGCACCGACGACAAGAAGCUGCAGACCACUCUCAAGAAGAUGAAUGUGCAGCCCAUCCAGGCCAUCGAGGAAGUGAACAUGUUCAAGGCCGAUGGCAACGUCAUCCACUUCUCCGCGCCAAAGGUCCACGCAUCCGUCCCAGCCAACACUUUCGCCAUCUACGGCAACGGCGAGGACAAGGAGCUCACCGAGCUCGUGCCAGGCAUUCUUAACCAGCUCGGCCCAGACUCGUUAGCCUCUCUCCGAAAGCUGGCCGAGAGCUACCAGAGCCUGCAGAAGGGCGCCGAGGGCGAGGAGAAGAAGGACGAUGAUGACGAUGAGAUACCAGAUCUCGUCGAGGGCGAGAACUUUGAGAGCAAGGGCGACGUCGAGUAA